AUGAUGUCUAGAUCAUAUUCCAACCUCUUGGAUCUUGCAUCCGGUGAGAAUCAGUCGUCGUUCACCCGGAUGAGUGCGAACCGUCGGAUCCCGCGUGUAAUGACUGUUGCCGGUAUAAUGUCUGAUAUUGACGAUGAUUCCUCAGAGAGCGUGAACUCUGAUCCAUCGUCUUCUACGACUCAACGGGAUAGGAUUAUUGUUGUAGCAAACCAGCUGCCCAUAAAGGUACAUAGGAAAACUGAUAAUAGUAAUGGGUGGCUGUUUAGUUGGGAUGAAGAUUCACUUCUUCUCCAGCUGAAAGAUGGCUUUGGGGGUGAUGACAUUGAAUUUUUUUACGUGGGCUGUCUUAAGGAAGAUAUUCAACCGUCUGAGCAAGACGAGGUGUCUCAGAUACUCCUGGAGACAUUUAAGUGUGUUCCAACUUUUAUCCCUCCGGAUCUGUUCAGCAAGUAUUACCAUGGGUUUUGUAAGCAACAGUUGUGGCCGUUGUUUCACUAUAUGUUGCCUCUGUCGCCAGAUCUUGGCGGUAGGUUCAAUCGUUCCUUGUGGCAGGCAUACGUGUCUGUAAAUAAGAUAUUCGCUGACAGGAUCAUGGAAGUGAUUAAUCCGGAUGAUGAUUUUGUGUGGGUUCAUGAUUAUCAUUUAAUGGUCCUGCCUACUUUCUUGAGGAAGAGGUUUAAUAGAGUGAAGCUUGGGUUUUUCCUGCACAGUCCAUUUCCUUCAUCUGAAAUUUAUAAAACUUUGCCAAUAAGGGAAGAGCUUUUGCGAGCUCUAUUGAAUUCUGAUUUGAUUGGAUUUCAUACGUUUGAUUACGCCAGACAUUUUCUCUCUUGUUGCAGUCGGAUGCUAGGUGUGUCAUACGAGUCAAAAAGGGGUUACAUAGGCCUUGAGUAUUAUGGUCGGACCGUAAGCAUUAAAAUUCUCCCUGUUGGUAUUCAUAUGGGGCAACUUCAAUCAGUCUUGAGCCUUACAGAGACACAGGCCAAAAUUGCUGAGCUCAUCAAGCAAUUUUUGGCUCAGGGGAGGACAAUGUUACUUGGAGUCGAUGACAUGGACAUAUUUAAGGGCAUCAGUUUAAAGUUAUUAGCAAUGGAACAGAUGCUAUUGCAGCACCCUGAGAAACAGGGAAAGGUUGUUCUAGUUCAAAUAGCCAAUCCUGCUAGAGGCAAAGGGAAAGAUGUGAAGGAAGUGCAGGACGAGACAUUUGCAACAGUGAAGCGAAUAAAUGAGACUUUUGGAGAACCGGGAUAUGAUCCAGUCAUAUUAAUUGAUCGACCACUGGAAUUUUAUGAGAGAGUUGCUUAUUAUGUUGUUGCUGAGUGUUGUCUGGUCACAGCAGUUAGAGAUGGAAUGAAUCUCAUACCAUAUGAGUACAUAAUUAGUCGACAGGGAAAUGAGAAAUUGGACAAGGUUUUGGGUUUGGAACCAUCCAUUCCUAAAAAGAGUAUGUUGGUUGUGUCUGAGUUCAUUGGGUGUUCGCCGUCUCUAAGCGGAGCAAUUCGAGUCAAUCCGUGGAAUAUUGAUGCAGUGGCAGAGGCAAUGGAGUGUGCUCUUGUCAUGGCUGAACAGGAAAAACAAUUAAGACAUGAAAAACAUUACAAGUAUGUCAGCACCCAUGACGUGGCGUACUGGGCUCGUAGUUUCUUGCAAGAUUUGGAAAGGACGUGCAAGGAUCAUAUGCGCCGCAGAUGCUGGGGUAUUGGAUUUGGCUUAAGCUUUAGGGUUGUUUCACUUGAUCUUAAUUUCAGGAAGCUGACAAUGGAGCACAUUGUUUCGGCUUAUAAAAGGACUACUACCAGAGCUAUUCUUCUAGACUAUGAUGGAACGUUGAUGCCUCAAAAUUCAAUAGACAAGAAGCCAAGCUCCAAAACCAUUGAGAUAUUAGAUAGUUUAUGUAGAGAUGAGAAUAAUAUGGUUUUCAUUGUCAGUGCCAGAACCCGAGCUGAAUUAACUGAAUGGUUCUCGUCUUGUGAGAAGCUGGGAAUUGCUGCCGAGCAUGGCUACUUCCUAAGGACGAGGCGAGAUGAAGAAUGGGAAACGUGUGUGCCUGCAGUAGAAUGCAGUUGGAAGCAGAUUGCUGACCCUGUGAUGAAACAUUACACUGAUGCAACGGAUGGAUCAGUGAUAGAAGACAAGGAAACUGCAAUGGUUUGGUGUUAUGAGGAUGCAGAUCCCGAUUUUGGAUCUUGUCAAGCUAAGGAACUUCUUGAUCAUCUUGAGAGUGUGCUCUCCAACGAACCUGUCACAGUCAAAAGUGGGCAGAAUAUUGUAGAAGUUAAGCCGCAGGGAGUUAGCAAGGGGAUUGUGGCAAAACGCCUACUUCAUUCGAUGCAAGAAAAAGGGAUUUCACCAGAUUUUGUCCUUUGCAUAGGAGAUGACAGAUCUGAUGAGGAUAUGUUCGAGGUGAUCAUGAGCUCUGUUGCAGCUCCAUCUAUGGCUCCAAGUGCAGAAGUGUUUGCGUGUACUGUCGGUAGGAAACCAAGUAAGGCUAAAUACUAUCUUGAUGAUACAGUAGAAAUUGUUCGACUGGUGCAGGGAUUGGCUUCUGUUGCAGAACAGAUGGUAACCAUAUAG